AAAAUUAUGAAAUUAUUUUUAUCUCUUUGUAUUGUCUUUUUUAUUUCUUUUUGCUUAGCAGAGGAAAAUGCUAUGAUUAGACCAAAUGGGUAUUACUCAGUUUCUUGGGAAGAUAUCAGAUGUUUUAGAGCCCCUUGUCCACAAUAUGUUGCUACAAAAUUAAAUUGUAAUGACACUAAAAACAUAUUAAGUAUUAAUCUUCCAGCAUCAUUAAAAUCUUAUCAGAAUUAUUUAACUUCAAAUGAAUCAAACUCUGUAAUCUUUUUUGGUAACAUUAGCCCAAGCCCAGGUUUUCCAAAAGAGGCAAGUGAUUUUAAUGUCAUUAGAGCAUAUAAAAAAUUACCAUUAGGUAAUACACCAGCUUCAACAGAUAAGUUUUACUUGUUCAGUGACAAUGGUAUUAGAUGUAUCAAAGCUCCAUGUCCAUCAACUAAAGCCGUAUUGGUCAACCUAUAUGGUCAAAGUCAAGUAGUAAGUUCAAUUAAACAACCAUAUGAAGCUAAUGUUGGUAGUUUAUUUGACAGUGAAUGGUUAUCAUCUAAAACUGUUAGAUCAGAUGAUAAUGGUCUAAUUGGCCAGGGAACAAUUGUUAAUGGUGAAGUGGUUGUUUCAAAUUCAUAUGUUCGUUUACCAGAUCCAUCAUCCAAAUGCCCAUCACUACCUCUCCUUAAAUGUAAAGCUAAUAACGUUGUUAUUUUCACAAGAGAUGAAAACAGAUGUCUUACCAGUCCAUCCUGUACUGACAGUGGUGGUUGUGCUUUGUUUUUACCAAUUUGUCCAGAAGGUUAUUAUUUAGAUUCAUGGAGAGGUGCCAAAUUUGGUUGUAAUGGUUAUCAUUGUGAUGCUUAUUUUUUACCAAAAACUCAUAAAUAAAAAGAUUAUGUAUUUAAUUUAUUUACUAUUUUUAGAC